AACAACAACUAAACUCAACAACAACCACAACAACAAUAAUUAUGACAUAUCACUUCAUGUCUCUUUUUGAACAUGACAUUUUAAUUCAUUUUGAUCAGUUUGCAUAUUCCUAUCAACCAGUACCUCUUGGGUCGUUGAAAUGGCUGGCAUAAUUCUUGGAAGAUUGGUCAGGCAAGUGGGUCGAUUUGACCUUCCAACCACUGUGAAAUACCUUGCAGCAAUUGGGCUCACAUCAAGAUUGUUAACAGCUCAGAGAUAUAGCAGCAGUAACCAGGAUGAGGUGUCAAAAGCACAGAAAGCCAGGCCUGAUGGCAAACCAACCAUCUUCACUAAGAUUAUUGAGAAACAGAUACCAGCUGAUAUACUGUAUGAAGAUGAUAAGUGUAUUGCGUUCAGUGAUGUGAAUCCACAGGCACCAGUUCAUUUCCUAGUGAUUCCUAGAAAACCACUCUCAGGAAUAGGGGCUGCUCAGCUAGAAGACCAGAAUUUGCUUGGUCAUCUACUCCUGGUUGCUAAGAAGGUGGCAGAAGAUCGUAAACUGGAGAACGGGUACAGAAUAGUGAUAAACAACGGUCCAGACGGUUCACAGUCAGUAUACCAUUUGCACCUUCACGUGAUGGGUGGAAGACAGAUGACCUGGCCCCCGGGGUAACCAUCCAGACAACUCACCAGCACCGUAUUAGUGUGGUCAUUACUGAAUGUCAUCAGACUUAUUUGCAAGGCAAUAAAAAAAGGUUGUUCUUCCAGACUAUAAAAUGUGAAAAAUGUGUACAUACAUCACAGCUUUAAUGUGUGUUGCUUUAGGUAUCAGCUAUAAGGUAUUCAUUAAACCAUCAUCAACUUUUUAAUAUUGGCAGAACCCCGAUAGAUAUACAUGUAUUUAGAAGAGUGCAAGUAUAAACCUCAGUAAGAAUUAGCACUGUUUUGCCCUGUCAGAGGACCGACUGGUUGGUUUAUUCUGCCAAAUUUAUUCUUUUGAUUGCAUUUAUGUUAAACAAUACUUAUAUUUAAUUUUAAGAAACUUAAUUUGUUUCAUUACCAAGAAAAUACAUGUUCUGCCAAAGUAGCAGUUGUCAGAAAACCUGUUUGUACAUUGAACAGGUUGUGACUCAGAUUGUUGUAAUUGUCAAAAUCAAACACAAAUUGAAGAGCCAUAAACUUUGACAUCUUGUGUGGUUGUAUAGUACCAUUCUUGGAGUUAACAUAUAUUUGUUGUGUGUGUCAUGUUUGGUUAAAUAUACAUUUUAAUUGUUUUAUAUAAAAAAAAAAUCUGUGAAGAUUUGCUUUUAAACAACAUGUGCCUCUCGUGCUUGUUUAGCAUUCUGUAUGCUUGAAAAGAAUUUAUUGCACAACAAAUCUGUGUUGUUGUGGGCUUGCCGGUAUUUGUGAAUUUAUAUUGGUAAUUAAUGAAUUAAUGCAUGUAUUUGAGAAAUUGCUCAUUAAUUAUAUAGAAUGUAUAAUAUUUUGUUAA